CUGGAGACAGAGAAACAGGUCAUGUCAACAAACAAUUAACACAGGAGGACAGUGGGAGGACAAACACAACUGAAUUCAGGAACAUGUCUGUAAGGCAAGUACCCAUCAUGCCCACCAGUACAGUUUGGCACACGCAGGGGACACUAGGUCCCUCUGGUUACAGUGAGUCAGCAGAGAGCCCUGCCGACAACCAACCUGAGUGCUCCAUCUGCUUCAGUAGAUACGACAAUGUCUUCAAGACUCCCAAGCUCCUGGACUGCACUCACACUUUCUGCCUUGAGUGCCUCGCACGCACCAUGGCCGUGUCAGACGACUUUAAUAAACCGGUAAAGAAGCCAGGGGAACCCGGCACCAGAAUCUCCUGCCCCCUGUGUCGCCACCCCACCGCGGUGCCCAGGAGUGGUCCCCCAGCUCUGCUGACCAGCACGGAGGUUCUGCAAUGCCUGCCGCCACACCUUCAGCAGGAGGAGCAUGUGAGUAUGAUGGGCCGGAGGCUGUGCUACCUGAGUCCGCAGCAGCCCACCCGUAUUUGCAUCGAUAUCGGCGCCAGCAAGCCGGAGACGGCGGGGGAGGCCAGGCAAGAUGGUGCGCAGCGGGCUGGACGGAGGUGUCCGCCUAGCUGCACCGACUGGAGGAGGCUGCUGAUGCUGGUCAUUUUCACACUGUUGCUCAUCGCCGUGGUGGUAUGGCCACUUCACUGCAUUGUUACCAAACACUCUCUCUCUGACUGCUUAACCUGCACCAUGCCACCUACGCAAACACCGAUGACCUCUACGCUCAGCAAGUCACAGUGAGGCAGGGCAGAGACAGACACACGUGCCAAGCGCACUGAGCCCUUCCUGAUAGUGUGGCUGGUCAUAGGACUCACACAAGGACAAAUGGAGACAAUUCCCUGUCAGUCCAUGACAGUUGAUGAUUUUACACAUUAGACACCACAAAGCCACCCACGCAAUGGUGGCACACGUGUUAUAUCUAUGAAGAAAGGUUUGUACCUUACCUGUGUUUGAAGUGACAAAUGUUAUGUUGAAUCCUGCUGUCAGUAAAUAUUGUCAGCAAUCUUUCUUCAAUGAUCUACUGGAUAAACAAGAUUUACAAACUGUACAUUUGUACAGAUUGAAAACUAAUCUGAUACACUGUUUUUAUAUAUAAUUUUGUAAAGAGAAUAUGCAAAAGAACAAAACAAAUAAAAACUGUAAAUAUCACUAUAUACAUGCCAUAUUGCCUGCACUGGACACACUUAAAUGUGUGUGUCUGUGGAACAAAAACACGUUUGAAUCAUGGUAUUUUGAACCUUAGUAAUUGUUAUGAUUAUAUGUUUCAUGUAUUGCUGUUAAAUAGAAUGCUGAGAUAACAAGAGCAGUCAGAUGGCUGAAUAUGAAUCUUUAUACUGAUCCUGAUCAUCAUUUAAAGUGGUGCUCUGAAUAUUCUUGUGUUUUUCCACGCGAUAAUAUGAACUGUUGAUAGAACAGGUAUUGUUAAAUUAUGAUUGAAAUUAAAAGCACCUGUUGCCAAACAGGCAUUUCUAUGGUG